UUUAUCCUCAUUACUCCCCAUGGCUAAGGGCAGAAGGGGGGAGUAGUAUAAAGAGUUGGGGAAUAUCUCCAAGGAGCAGAUUUCUGGGGAGAGUCUCUGCUGAGGACGUACCAGGGGGAAGAGAAGAAGAGCCGGACAGGAAGGAAUUCUUACCCAGACACAGGUUCCCGGGGGGUCGGACUGGAGAGAAUAAGGAUUUACCCAGAGGGAGAUUUUCCCAAUCCCAGAGACCAGCAGGAUACAAGAGAAAAUAAUGCUGCUUCAUAUCAGGAAUUGGCCUGAGAAAGAGCAGCAGAACCUCAGUGCUGGGAGAUAUUGUUUAGUUCCAUAUGGAUCUGACAUGUCCAGGAUGAAGAAGAUCAUAGAAGUUGGAAGGGAAAGUAAAAAUGUUCAGGGGAACCUCAGCCGAACCCAAACUCCCAAUGAAUCUGUCAGAACCCCCAACCAGAAUGAUAGGUUCCAGGUAUCUCAGGAACAUUGUGUUGAUGGAACCUCUUCUGCUCUACAAAUACAAAAGCUCCAUAAUACUACUAAUAUACAGGAUAUCAGAAGGCCCAAUAUUUCCAAACUUAAAAAGGCGAAGUCCUCUGUAAAAUCACACAUUGCCAAGAUGUGUCACCAAGGCACAAAAAUGCAUAUUUCCUCUAAAGCCCACAGUGCCGUGAAACCUUUUAUCUGCCCAAAAUGUGAGAGGAGAUUUUGUGACAUCCGGAACCUUCUCACCCACCAGAGAAUCCACACGGGGAGGAGCUUUGUCUGCUCUAAAUGUGGGAAAUGUUUCUCUCACAGAAAGAUCCUCAUUGCUCAUAAAUGGGUUCAUACUGGGAGGAAACCAUUCACCUGCACUGAAUGUAAUAAGGGCUUCUUAUGGAACAGGGACCUUCAGGAACAUAAAAAGAGCCAUAAAAGAAGAAAAAAUAGCAGCUAUCUCUUGGCUCACACGGGAAAGAGACUGAAAGAAGUUAGUACUGACUCUUGUAAAAGAGAGAAGGUGUUUUACUGCAGAGAGUGUGGUAAAAGCUUCAGGCAAAAGUCUAGGCUUGAGAUCCACAUUCAGUGCCACACAGGCGAGAAGCCAUUUGUCUGUGUUCAUUGUGGGAAAGGCUUCAGAGAUAAGUAUAAACUCAGUCUGCAUCUAAGGAUUCACACAGGAGAGAAACCAUUUGUCUGCACUGAGUGUGGGAAAGGCUUCAGGAAAAAGUGUGAUCUCAAAUCUCACCUUCAUAUUCACACCGGAGUGAACCCAUUUGUCUGCACUGAGUGUGGGAAAUGUUUCAGGGAUAAAAGCGAACUGAACAUUCAUAUUAACGUACACACAGGAAAGACUUUCCCCUGUACGGAGUGUGGCAAAUCCUUUGCAGCAAAGAACAAUCUGAAAAGGCACCAAAUGGUUCACACUGGGGAGAAACCACACGAGUGCACAGAGUGUGGGAAACGAUUCAUGGAGAAAAGUAAACUAGAGAGACAUUAUCUAAAUCAUACUGGAGUGAAACCAUUCAGCUGCUGUGAGUGUGGAGAACAGUUCAAAUGGAAACACCAGCUCCAGUAUCACCAACUGAGUCACACAGGGGAGAAACCAUUUGUGUGCCCUGAGUGUGGGAAACCAUAUAAGAGCUACAGUGCACUGAGGUACCACCUCCAGACUCACAUUAGAUGAUAGUAUCUUGCUAGUAUCCCACAUCUCAACGUUCCUGAGCUAUCCCUCAUCUCAACGUUCCUGAGCUAUCCCUCAUCUCAACGUUCCUGA